AUUAUUAUUUUGUGUGUUUACUUUUUUGUUGACUAGUAGCAAAUUCUCUCUCUUCGACUUCUUGAUCGGAAACCUCAAGUCUCUUUAGAUACGCCGUUUGCAGUUUGAUCGCCGACUCGAGUAAGCAAAGAAAAGAAGAUGAGUGGAAUUGGAGAGAAAGCUUCUGGAACAACUAAGACACCUGCUGAUUUCUUGAAGUCGAUCCGUGGUAGACCAGUUGUUGUCAAGCUCAACUCUGGUGUUGAUUACCGAGGCAUUCUUACUUGUCUUGAUGGGUAUAUGAACAUAGCUAUGGAGCAAACAGAAGAGUACGUAAAUGGCCAGCUAAAGAACAAAUAUGGCGAUGCUUUUAUCCGUGGAAACAACGUUCUUUACAUCAGCACAACGCAAGGGAAUUUGGCAGAUGGAGCCUAGCUCUCUUUCAUCACCAUGAAAUGAAUGGGGAUCAUCUUCUUCUACCUCUCUGGCAUUUGAUAAUGUUGGGAUUAUGUAGCAAUCAGAGAUUUUAUUAUUCAUCUCUGAAUCAAUUCGAAAUGUCUUUCUUUUUCUUACAACUCUGCUACACUCAGUUUGUGUCUGUGAAUCAUCUCCAAAAUUCUGAGAAGGAAUCCGACUUUUAUUUGAUAACAAGAAAAAUCUUAAGCAUCGCUGUUCCCUUAUUA